UAGGGUAGCAGAGAGAGCUGCCCUGAAGUGUCCAUGUGGCUCCUGCUGGCGCUGGCCUCGACACUGCUGGCAGGCUGCGAGGCGGUGACGGGACCCGGCACCGUGCGGGGAUUCCUGGGGGGAUCCCUGUCAGUCACCUGCACGUACCAGCCUGGUCAGGAGAAGUUGCCGAAAUUCUGGUGCAGUCCGCGAGCAGUUUAUCCUCGUUGUGCUGAUGAUUUUGUCAUCACGUCCGAGUCGAACCCCGAGGUGCAGCAGGGCCGAUUCUCCAUCCGGGACAACCGCACACACCGGGCAUUCACGGUGACUGUGCAGCGUCUGGCCAAGGAGGAUGCGGGCACCUUCCUCUGUGGGGUGCGAACGGGAAUGUUUCAGUUUGAUUACAGUGCUGAUGUGGAGGUGAUCGUGGAUCCAGGCCACACACAGACAAUUCCCCAKGGGGAAACUCUGCAAUCAACACCAAAUCCCUCCACCCAUCAACCCUUGAAUGUGGUUGAGCACAUCCUCACUCCAGCCAUCAUCGURGCUCUCCUUUUGCUUGCAGUGGCUGCUGGUGUUCUGGUAAUACUCUCCAGGAAGAGGAAGAAGGUCCUCUCCGGAGCAGCCAUAGAAAUGGACAGGACUCGCAGCGUGCCACCUACAGGACAAGAUGCCUUGAACUAUGCAGACAUAAACCAUGACACGGGCAUGGCCAAGAGCCCCUACAGCAAUGCUGAGGCUCUCCGCCACCCACAAACCCCCUCGAUGGAGUACAUGGAGGUCAGGCAGAGUGCUAAGCCUUUGGAAGAGGAAACAGAGGCGUUUUAUGCCAAGGUGCAGAAGCCUGUGCCACAGCAGGAGCAAAUCUACAGCAACGUGGCCUCAGCUGCACAGCCCAGUGAAGAGCUCUACAGCACAGUGUGGGGGAGUUGAGCCAGCAGCCAGCCCCACGGGCUGCUCCUGCUGCUGGCAGCACCAGCAGGACCUGCACAGAGGACAUGGGGUUGGUGUUCUGCUCUCCCAAGGCUUGGAUCUUUCUUUGAAGCAAUGUCAGGGAUGAUGAGGUUGUGUGGAUGCAUGGAGCGGGGUGAGGAUAAAAUCACCCCUUUGCAUUUGGAGUUCUCAUCCAUAGAGCACUGGUGCUGAGAAUAAAACUCUCCCCCUUGAAGUGGGGCCCUAUAA